AUGAGCGCCAAGUCUGGCAUCUCCUUCCUGUUGAACCCGCAGUCCUCCGAUGACGCGGUGCUGAAGGUGACGGCACCUGCAAGCCCACCACCUCCGAUGUUCCAGUGCUUGAUGGCUAUGGCUCAAAGCCCCGACGCAGAGGCCACGUCGUCGCUGCUGCUGUUGGGGUCAUGCAUCGCGCCGCUGGAGAAGAUGAAUGCUAGCAAGAAGACGGUGGUGCCGGCAUUGUCGCUGGCUGCUCUGUGCGAGGCCAGCAGUGGUAGCAGUUACAGCAGCAGCAGCGCUUCCUCCGGCGGCAGCGACGACGACGACGAAGAUGCAGAAGAGCUGCCAGCACUGGAGACGGUGACUGUGAAGGCAACUACCCCAGCUGCCAAGCCAAAGCCCAAAGCGAAGCCGACCCGGAAGCGCAUCCGGAAGAACUGCACGCCACCCUGCAAGGUGGAAGGAUGCACCAACAUCAUUGUGUCCAGAGGUUGCUGCGUGCGUCACGGCGGUGGUUCGCGCUGCACGAUCGAGGGGUGUCCAAACCGAGCCAAACUGUAUAAGCGCUGCUUCCAGCACGGUGGCUUCAAGACGUGCGCGACCGAGGGCUGCACGCGCAAGUCCAAGCGCUACGGCCACUGCUGGUCGCACGGUGGGGGCCGCAUCUGUGUCAUCCCUGGUUGCGACAAGGUAUCGACCCAAGGCGGACUCUGUUGGGCUCACGGCGGCGGAAACCGAUGCAAGUUGGACGGAUGCAGUCGCCGAUCGUACCAAAAGUACGGCUACUACUGCGUCGACCACGCGGCCUUGAGCAAGGGCGAGGAGGCUUAA